AUGGAUACCAAAACAACACUGUCAGAAACAGAAGAAGGUGAGAUUGUUGAUGAUUCUGGAACUUUUGACAGUGAAGAGGAUGCCGGAAACAAACGAAAUAUCGAAGAAGUGACCAAUGGAUUGGCCGCUCUAUCGGGUCCAGGCCAGCCUUCACCUGAAAGUCAAGGUACCGAAGAUUCGUUAAAGGAUCGUAGGCUAAGUACUGGAAGCCGUGAAGGUGACUCUGCAAUGGAAAUAAGUAGCCGGGAGAAGGCUGGUCAUAGCGAAAAGGAUCGUAAACACCGAGAGGAACGUAGACAUCGACAUUCUAGCAAACAUUCCCACAGCCAUCGUCGCCAUCAUGACCGUGAUCGUAGUCAUCAUGGUCACCACGGACGUCAUGAAUAUAGUCGAAAAAAUGGAGUUGAAGAAGGGGACAAACAUCGUAAAGAUGGUUUAGGUAACAACUUAAACUCGACCGAUCAUAUGGUCGUCGAUGACGACGAAAAUCGUAGCGAUGUCUCCACCAAUCGUAUUGAACCUUCUGCUGCCUCUUCCCGUAAAUCUAAACGCAGUAGGGAAGAUCUUUCUUCUGACGAUGAAUCUCAUCACCGCUCAUCCUCUCGUCGUCAUUCUUCUCAUAACAGUGAACGACGACACAGUGCGAGUCAAAGAAGCAAGGAAUCUCGCAGCCGAUACGAUAGUGAUCGUGAUUACCGAUAUGGACAGAGAGAAACUCUGAGGGGUUACGAAAGGGAGGUAGGGUAUAGCAGAGAAAGAAAUGAAGGUCAUGGUAGUGAGCGAGGUUACGAUAAAGAAAGAAGUAGGCGGUAUGACGACCGAGUUAAUGGGUCAUAUUCAUCGCGAAGAAUUAUAGAAUAUGAAAUAGAUGAUACUGUUCCAAGUGGCACGAUCCUCAGAGAUGGUCAAAAUUCUGUCUCACAUUUAAAAAAUGACUCAAACGUCGAAAAAUCUACUACGGAUGAACCUACAGAUAUAGUUCUUGAACCAGAAGAUGAUGACGAGAAGCUAAUUGAAGAAAGGCGUAAACGUCGUAAUGCAAUAUUAGAAAAAUAUAAAAAUAAAAAUAAUGAAAUUUCCUCAACAGGGCCAACAGCAAUGGAAUUGACGGUGCAUAGGCAAGAAGCAACUGGCACUCCAAUUGUAGUUUCACCGAUUACACCAUCAACAGCAUCACCGACAUCGUUCUCCUUAACUAAAGUUGAAACUUCUGUUGAUGAUUUUGUUCCUGGUGAAGAUCAAUUUUCUGCCGCAGACUACGAUCCAACAAAAGAUCGCAUAGCGGAUGAUGAAAGGCGAUUACAUCAUAAAUCCGCCAAAGAUUUGGAAUUGCUCAAAACCAAAGAUGCUCAGGAAUCGGUUGUUGGACAGGAUGAAAAUGAAGCUGAUAUGUCUGCAGCAGAUUAUAAAGAAACUUUAAACGAAAGUAACGCAGAUCAUAAAAUUAAUAAUGUGAAAGCAAGUGAUGAAUUUGAUAUGUUUGCGGAUGAUGACAUAAUUAUUCCUUCACCAGAGUCAAAAAAGUCUACAAAAUCAAUACCUGAUGUUAAAAACGUUCCCGUUGUUAUGCAUGAUCAUGCUGUCGGUCUUGUAGACAAUUAUGAUGAUGCUGAAGGAUAUUAUCGUGUUUUGUUAGGUGAAAUGCUUGACAGCCGAUACCAUGUAUAUAGUCAUCUUGGUAAAGGCGUCUUCAGUUCUGUCGUCAAAGCUAAAGAUACAAAGGAAGGAACAGAUGUAGCUAUAAAAAUUAUUCGAAAUAACGAAACAAUGUAUCGGGCUGGUAUCAAAGAAUUAAACAUUCUCAAAAAACUAAUGCUAUCUGAUCCAGAAAAUAAGAAGCACGUAAUUCGGUUAUUUAGACAUUUUGAACAUAAAGGGCAUUUGUGCCUAGUAUUUGAAUCAUUAAGUAUGAAUUUAAGAGAGGUUUUGAAAAAAUUUGGCAAAGACGUUGGUAUAAACAUCAAGGCUGUUCGUAUAUACGCUCAGCAGUUAUUCUUAUCGUUAUCACUUUUAGCAAAAUGCAACAUACUUCACGCUGAUAUCAAACCUGACAAUAUAUUGGUGAGUGAAUCAAAAAAUACGCUCAAAAUGUGUGAUCUUGGUUCAGCUUCCGAUGCGUCAGAAAAUGAUAUCACGCCUUACCUUGUUAGUAGAUUUUAUAGAGCUCCCGAAAUUAUUAUUGGGCUACCUUAUGACUGUGCUUUGGAUAUGUGGUCGGUCGGUUGUACUUUAUAUGAACUUUACACUGGCAAAAUUCUCUUUCCAGGGCGAAGCAACAAUCAAAUGCUAAAACUCAUGAUGGAGCUCAAGGGAAAAUUUCCUAAUAAGAGCCUUCGUAAGGGACAAUUCACAAAACAACAUUUUGAUGAUGAUUAUAAUUUCUUGUAUCGCGAAACGGACCGGAUUAGUAAUAAGGAGGUUGUAAAGACUAUUGUUAUUACAAAACCAACUCGCGAUUUAAAAACACGUCUUCUUUCUAAGACGUCGCAUAUGACAGAUGAGGAGUUACGUUUAUUGACGGCGUUCGUCGAUUUGUUAGAUAAGUGUUUAAAUUUGAACCCAGAGAAACGGUUAACGGUAAAGGAAGCAUUGAUGCAUCCGUUUGUAACCGGCAAAUUAUAA